UCUGCGUUGAAUGCCGCCAUUUCACCUGGAGUGGAGUUGUUGUGUUUUUUUGUAAACAGAGGCAGCUUGUAAAAAGGCGUUACUGAGUUAAAACCUAACCAGAAUACUUUGAACAAGAAACUUACUAGAAUCGUGUUACUCUGUUAGGAAAGAGACGAACGAGAAAACCGCGUCAACAUGUCAGCAGAAGCGCCGAUUGAAAAUAUGAUGGAGAAGCCAGGCCUGGGUGAAGUGAACGGUAAGCCAAACCACGAUGCAAGUCGAAAAGAAAGGCCCCUGAAGCGAGCAGGCGUCAGUCGUUUUGAACCCUACGGGGGGAACCCAUCCAACAGGAGAUUCCGAGUGUUUGUCAGCAACAUCCCUUUCGAUGUGAAAUGGCAGGCUCUGAAAGACCUGAUGAAGGAGAAAGUGGGUGAGGUAACAUACGUGGAACACUUAAUGGACGCGGAAGGCAAAUCGAGGGUAAGUGAAAGAGUCGAACCUCCGUUCGAAAAGUUUGAGUUUCUCUUUUUGUUCUGUCAAUGUUUGGGCUUUUCAGUAAGCUGAAACUCUUGAGGUAUACUGUCCACACUUCUCUGAAAUUCAACCUGAAAGGUUACGUGCCUGUUUGGGGAAACAUAAAAACCUGUCCCAUUUUGCAACUUGGGGGCCCCAUACUCAAUUGAAGAUGUCCCUUAAGAACUUGGAGGCUACAGAUUGUGACCAUGUUGGAUGCUAAAUGCCCAGGAUCGUUUUAGCUUUCUAUAAAUUGUGUCCUUGACUUGGGAUUGUUAAAUGGUUUCAUCGUAACGUGAUUUGUAAGUAGUAUUCGCAUACAUGGCUGGUGUAGUAGUUCUGAAACUCGAUUUGAAAACUUGGAUUCAGUUGGAAAGUCCUAUUUCAUAUUUAGCUUGCAUGUCUUGAAGUGUGGCUGGCUUAGUACAGUUCAGAAUGUGAAGACGGGUGGAGUUUGUUUGCCAUAAAAUGGUAGACUUAUUUUUUUUGGAGAAAUUGACAUUAAGUCGUCCUGUUUUGUGAAAUUGUUUGAAGAAUUAGAGUAUUCUGAAAUAUACAUAGCAUUGCACCCAGGUAUGUAUUUAAAAAAAAAAAAAAAAUUCCAAAAAAUAGAUUGUUUUAACAAUGCAGGAUGUUAACUUUUCUUUUUUUUUUUUUAUUCCCUAAUGGAUUCCUCUGCUAACAAAGGGUUGUGCGGUUGUAGAGUUUAGAACUGAAGAGCUAAUGAAAAAGGCGGUGGAGAAGGUCAAUAAACACAACCUGAACGGACGGCCUCUUAAAGUGAAAGAGGACUUGGAUGGAGAGUUUGCUCGCCGGGCUGUGCAGCGAGCUCCUGGUGGCCCCCCUGGUGGUAUGGGGAUGGGAAUGGGCCCUGGUCCUGGUCCUGGUGGGCCCCCAAUGGUCAACAUUCCCCCUAGCCUCAUGAACAACCCCAACAUCCCCAGUGAGCUGCUCCAUGGGCUUCAGGCUGGCAGGAUUGGGAGCACCAUCUUUGUUGCCAAUUUGGACUACAAGGUGGGCUGGAAGAAGCUGAAAGAGGUGUUUGGCAUGGCAGGAAUUGUGGUGCGUGCGGAUAUCUUGGAGGACAAGGAUGGGAAGAGCAGAGGGAUGGGCACAGUCACCUUUGAGAUGCCCAUCGAAGCUGUGCAGGCAAUCUCCAUGUUCAAUGGCCAGCAGCUCUUCAACAGACCCAUGCAUGUUAAACUGGAUGAAAAGUCCUUGCCAAAGGGAGGUGACUUUCCACCUCAGGAAAGAGCUCCACAGCUUCCUCGUGGCCUCAGUGGAAUUGGGUUGGGUCUUGGACCUGGUGGACAGCCCAUUGGCUCUAACCAGAUGAACAGAGGAGGUGGAGGAGGUGGAAUGGGCAACAUGGGACCAGGGCCGGGACCUGGAGGUAUGGAUGGAAUGGGCUAUGGAAACAUGGGCAGAAUGGGAGGCAUGGACAGCUCCUAUGGCGGUGGUGGCAUGAGUGGUAUGGAUCGUUUUGGACCAUCUGGAAUGGGGAGGAUGAGUGAAAUGGACCGUGGAAUGGGAGGAGGCUUUGAUAGAGAAUUUGGCAGGACUGAUAUGGGCAUGUCUCGUGGUUACGGAGAUUCUUUUGACCGAGGAAUGGGAGGCUCUCUGGGUAUGGAUCGCAUGGGCUCAAGUCUGGAUCGUCUGGGCUCGGGAAUGGACCGGAUGCCAGGGCUAGACAGAGUUGGAAUGGGCAUGGACAGGAUGGACCGUGUCUCUGAUCUGGACAGGCUUGGUUCUGGGUUAGACCGGCUGGGGCCCAGUAUGGACCGCCUUGGAUCUGGCCUGGACCGUAUGAGCUCCAGUGCGGACCGUCUGGGCCCUGCUGGGUAUGACCGUCUGGGCCCGUCCAGUUUAGAGCGAAUGGGUUCUGGAAUGGAUUACAUGGCCCCCCUGGGCAUGGAUAGAAUGAGCUCCAGUCUUGACCGCAUGGGCUCCAGCUUUGACCGUCUGGGGGCCACAGGCUUGGAUCGCUACCCCAGCACUGGGCUUGACCGCAUGGGUUCAAGCCUGGACCGCAUGGGCUCUGCAGGUGUGGGAGCUGGGUUUGAUAGGCCUGUAGAACUAGACCGCGGUGGCUUCGGCAAUGCCUAUACUGGUGCAGGAGUUGGAGGACCUGGGGUAGGGCCAGGAGCCAAUCCCAGAAAGGGUUGCCAGAUCUUUGUCCGAAAUCUUCCUUUUGACUUUACCUGGAAAAUGCUGAAGGACACCUUUAGCUCAUGUGGCCACGUGCAGUAUGCCGAUAUUAAAAUGGAGAAUGGGAAGUCGAAGGGAUGUGGGGUGGUUCGCUUCGAGAAUCCGGAGACCGCAGACCGGGCCUGCAGGCUGAUGAACGGCACGCGGCUGAGCGGGAGGGAGAUUGACGUCAGGAUCGACAGGAAUGCAUAAACCCAUAUCCCUGGCAACCGGCUACCCUUCUCUCCUCGCCCCCUCCCCCCCAUAUUUUGGUGAUUUGUGUCAGUUUAAAAUAUAUUUUUAUUUUAAACUUUAUGCUUGCUUCACAAUUUGUGACCAAAUUAUUAUUUUUUUUAAACUGGUAUUUUAAUUGCUUUUUUUUUUUUUAAUUUUCCAAAAUGGAUAAAUUGAUGCAUUUGACAUCUUUGUUUCUGUAAGCAGUGGUUUGUUUUGAUAAUAAAAUUCCCAGUCUGUCA